AUGGCUCAGGCUGUGGUACCUGUCGACAACACGAUCGUAUGUGGGCAAGCCCUGUUGAUAUCACCGCUAAUCCAAAAACAGGCGGCGAAUGCUGUUGAAGCGUUCAUUGAAUUCCCGAGGGACGCCAAAUACACGAUAAUUGUGCCAGUGAAGUUCCAGUCUAUUUCCGGCCAGCUCGUACAACUACAGGCUAAGGCCAUUGAUGAGCAUGCCGUUUUGGAGGUGGAAAAAGACACAAGGGUCCACUUUGUAUGGACUGCCAAAGGCCAAACCUGCGUACUUAUCAACUUUCGCCCUAUCUUAAGAAACAACUUUGAAUACUCAGCAUUUCGUCCCUUGUCAUUGGUAGAGAGAGAUGGUCUAGUCGUGGCAGGCGUUUGUGUGACGUCCCUUCAUCGGUGCUAUGGCUUAGAGGAUUGCCAAAAGUGCCUCUCUUUGCGACUGGAGGAGGAGCUGACAUUGUUCUUGCAAACCGAUUUGAAUUAUGUAUAG